CAAGAAAAAAUCAAAGCCCAUUUCUCGAAACUCGUUGAGAAAGUGACAACCACCAAUUUACUCAGACUCAGACGACAUGAAUCAAAGCAGUCCAGUCCACAGAAAGUGCUACUACUUGACAUCCCCAAUUUGCACUUCGCAGUAAUUCUCAAAAACACUACCCAAAAAUAUAGAAUAUGUUUUCAAAUUUUCUAAAGGCAACAGAUAAGGCCAUGGUUUUUCUACAGAAGAAAGCUGUGUCCCCUCUGUAUAUUCCAAAGCAAAAACUGCAUGUGGCUAUGAACAGCACUUCUCCUAAAGUGCAGCUUCUCCAUGAUCUUUGCAAAAACACCUUUACACCUUCAGGGUUGUCUUCUGCUCCUUCCCAACACAUCCACAAACUCUGCUCUCUUCUGGACACAUUUGGCCCUGCUGAUGUUGGACUUAAAGAGGAAAGUCCAGAUGAUGAUCAAGGGCAUGGAUUUUUUGGACUGAAUAGAGUAGCUAGAUGGGCUCAACCGAUAACCUAUGUGGACAUUCACGAGUGCGAUAGUUUUACGAUGUGCAUAUUCUGUUUUCCUACUUCUUCGGUCAUUCCACUCCACGACCAUCCUGGGAUGACUGUAUUCAGCAAAGUUCUUUAUGGAUCUAUGCAUGUGAAGGCUUAUGACUGGGUUGAACCUGCAUGCAUUAAGGAAAGCAGAGAGCCAACUUGCCCUCAAGUAAGGUUAGCAAGAUUGGUGGUUGAUAAAGUUCUCACCGCACCAUGUGGGACCUCUGUUUUGUACCCAAAAAGUGGGGGGAAUUUGCAUUGUUUCACCGCAGUCACUCCUUGUGCCGUGUUUGAUGUACUUGCUCCUCCCUACAGAGAAGAUCUAGGUAGAAAAUGCACUUACUACAUUGACUAUCCCUAUUCCACCUUUGGAAAUGAAGCUCAGAUAAGCAAGGGGAAGGAAGAGGACUAUGCAUGGCUUGCAGAGAUAGAAACACCGGAUGAUCUAUAUAUGCGCCCAGGAGUAUAUGUUGGCCCUGCUAUUCAGGUUUAGCUUUCAAUGUAGCUCUUUGGCAGUGAUUGGUAGAUGAUACCAUGUUUGCUCAGUCCUUACCACAUACAAAUGAGAAUGCUGAUUCAACGAGAUCUAGAGGUGGCUUUGCUCUUUGAUGAAUACACAUACAUGUAAUUGAAACCAAAAAAUGUGACCAAAUUUUUACCUUUCAUUGUGGAACAUUUUUGCACUUAAAAAAUAGUCAUUAUUUUUAAUUUGUUUACUCACUGGAUCGAGUUUUGAAAACAGCCUUUCUGCUCGAUUUUCUAUGAAUUAUUGUGAAAGAAUCUAAAGUCUAAACAAGGGAAAGUAUUAUUUGC